UCAGUGCUUGGUUUGUACAGUUUAUAGAAACAAAAUGACAAUAACUAACUUUCUUUUGUGUACCAUCACUUUUUGUAGUGUCUCUUUUGCUGUUUCAAUGCAAUCGGACACAAAAGAUGAUAUCCGGGAGUUAGCACGAAGAUUAGCGUUGUUAGAACAUAAGUUUGUGCAGGAACAGCAUAGAGUCCAUAAUCCAACAUACCCGCAAAUAUCACAUGGAUUUAUAAAUAGCAGAGAAGAAAACACCAUAAUUCGUGACUUACAACUUCGUCUUCAGAUACUAGAAGAUAAACUUUACCAGCAUGAAAAGCACUUUGAUGAAACAAAACAUUGCAAUAACCGAAUUCAGUCUUUGGAAAAUACUGUUCAGGAACUCUCAAAUCUAGUUAAAAAGCAAACCCAAUACACCAAGUAUAUUGAAAGGCUUGAAACAAUAUUAACUGACCAACACAUUACUGUUUCUGAAUCAAGAGAAAAGCUUCAGAAGUCCGCCACUUUACCUGUUGAUGAAAACGAAGGAAAACAGGAUGAAAACACCAAUAUUGAAGACAUCAGUGUGGCAAGUGAUAACAAGACAAGUAAUACACGUUAUAUUAGUAGCAUAAACUCCGAGAGUAAUCAUAAGGAAUCUAACUUUAUCAGAAAAAGAUUGCUCUUACCUGUAGCAACAACUACUCCUUACCCAACACCUGCCGCAAAGAUAGUAGCCUUCUACGCAUAUAUGUCAGCAACAAUUCCCUCUAUCACAGGUCAGAGUACCUUGGUAUUUGGUGUAAGUAAAACCAAUGAUGGAAACGGCUACCAUCCUUCAACAGGGGUGUUUAUUGCCCCGGAGACCGGCGUUUAUGUAUUUACAUGGACAAUAAGGGAAUAUGAUAGUUGUUAUCACUCAACUCAGUUAAUGGUUAAUACCGAGGAAAUUGGAAUAAUUCACCUGCACUCAGUUUCUGGCGGUGACUUUGUUGGUACUGGAGUCGUGGUCACAGAUGUUAAUGCAGGAGAUGAUGUAUACGUCAGAACGCAUGCAUCGUGGAAUAACUGUAACAUUGUAAGCACUACAUCAGGAAGAUCGUCCUUUGCAGGCUGGAAACUGUCGUAAAGACAUUACACAAAUAAAACAAAAAGGAUGAACAUGAUUUGUUUUAUGGUUUGUUAAAAGUGUCGUUGUCGUGGUAUGCAUCAUGGAAUGAUUUGCCAGCGAUCAAGAAGGGAGAUUUUCAUUUCCAUGCUAGAAAUUGCCUUAGAUAAUAAAACACUUCUGCUUGU